UGAUUUAAGCUUUCUGUCUCUGAAUGAAAGGACAGAUGAAGCAGCUUUGGAAAAACACGCAGCAGGCGAGUUACGCAAUAAGACACGCUGCUCUAGAUCAGAUCCCACAUGAAUAUUGAUCUGAAAGGUCACGUGACCUGCUUUAAUAAUGAAUCCUGGUUAUUUGGCUGGAAUGAUAGACGACAGCUGGAGACUGGAAUAAAUAUAUCCGGUGUCAUAAUUGUAUAAAUGUUUUGUAAUCCACCCAAAAGCUUGAAGUGACGCAAAUAAAAGCAGGAACGAGUCGUUUUUGUAUCUAUUUGGGGCAAUAUCCUGCUAAAAUAUCUCCGCAGAAGCCAAAAGAUGGAUCAUGACACCAGAGAGCUAUAAAUAAAGCUCCAGCCCUGGCUGACUACGCUUAAAAGAGUCGGAAGAGGGCAGAGUGAUAGUAGGAGGGCUUUUUCCUUCUCUCACUCCAGCAUUCAUGCCGUUUCAGCCAAUGAGCCCAAUGAGCUCAGAGCGCGCCUCCCACUGUCGGCGUGUGUGGUUUUUCCUUCUCCUUUCCUUUCCAUUUUUUUUCAAACAAACCAAAGCUGGAUGUGUAUGUAGGUCGUCACAUGUUUCCCUCUUCAGCCCGAGCGCCAGCAGACAUGUGUUAUUUAUUGCUUGGCUGCGGGAGAAGACGAACGCUUCGAGAUUUUACUACAGACCACUUUUGGAAAUAGUAGACGGCGUUUUCUGAAGCGACUCCAGGAGGGAAAGGAAAGCGCUGCGUCUGGACGCGAGGAUGGCGACUCCGCCGAACCCGGGCGGCCAGCCGCCGUUGGCCAGCAGCAUCAGUAGUAAUAACGCAAACAGCGUGAAGAAAUACGGAUAUCUGAAGAAGCAGAAACACGGACACAAGCGCUUUUUUGUUCUAAAGGAGACGAGUGAAGGUUUCCCGGCGCGGUUGGAGUACUACGAGAACGAGAAGAAAUGGAGAAACAAAUCAGCCGCGAAGAGAGUUAUCCCUCUGGACUGCUGUCUCAAUAUCAGCAAGAGAGCGGACGCGAAAUACAAGUAUCUGAUCGCGCUUUACACCAAGGACGAGUAUUUUGCGGUGGUGGCGGAGAACGAGCAGGAGCAGGACGGAUGGUACCGGGAGCUCACGGAUUUGAUGGCUGAGGGGAAAGUCUGUGACGGCUCCGCGUCCAACUCUGCGUCCUCGCUGGUUGGCUUCGACGAGACGAGCUACGGUGUAAUAACACCGGUGGCCGCCGCCUACAAGGAGGUCUGGCAAGUCAAUCUGAAGUCCAAGGGCCUGGGACAGAGCAGGAACCUAACCGGGGUGUACAGGCUGUGCCUCUCCAGCCGGACGAUCAGCUUCCUCAAGCUCAACUCUGAGGUCGCCUCAGUCAUUUUGCAGCUGAUGAACAUCCGAAGGUGCGGCCACUCUGACAGCUUUUUCUUCAUCGAGGUUGGUCGAUCUGCAGCCACCGGUCCCGGGGAGUUGUGGAUGCAGGCAGACGACUCUGUGGUGGCUCAGAAUAUCCAUGAAACUAUCUUAGAGGCCAUGAAGGCGAUGAAGGAGCUGUCGGAGUUCCGUCCACGCAGCAAAAGCCAGUCCUCCAGUACAAACCCUAUUUCCGUGCCCACACGGAGGCAUCUGAACAACCUCCCCCCUAGCCAGACCGGGCUUCCCCGCCGCUCGCGCACCGACAGCACGGCUGCCACCUCUCCUGUGACUAAAUGUGCCUCUUGUCGAAUACGCGCGGCCAGCGAGGGCGAUGGCACCAUGACACGCCCAAUGUCUGCGACAGGGAGCCCCCUCAGCCCUGGGGUCCACAUGACCCUCCUGAGCAGAUCUCACACCAUUACUGCUCGUCCUUCGCUGACAUUUGAAUCCUCCACCCUUCAGCACAGUAAGUCCAUGUCCAUGCCUCUAUCUCAUUCACCGCCUGUGGCCUCCACUUGCCCAGGAAAUGUUUCCUCCUGCGUGGAAAGCAGUGCCCCCCGCCCUUCCAGCUGCAGUGCAUCCUUCUCAGGAUCCCCCAGUGAUGCAGGUUUUAUAUCGUGUGAGGAGUACGGCUCCAGCCCUGCAGAUGCACGGGACCUCAGGUUACCCCUCACCCUCCGGAGCAACACUCCGGAAUCCCUCAAAGCAGACACCCCACCCUCCAGGGAUGGCAGUGAACUUGAUGGCUACAUGGUGAUGGAGCGGCAACAUCAAAAUGGGUACAGGCGGUUGUCCGAACUGGACAAGGCUUAUCGAAAGCGGACCUACUCCCUUACAACCCCCCGCCAGCAGAGGCGUCCCCCACAGGUGUCCUCAGCCUCUCUGGAUGAGUACACUCUCAUGAGGGCCACAAACACGAGCGGAAGCCAGUCAUCUCUGAGGUGUCACACUGCUUCACCUAAAGGAAACAGACUUGAGGAUUACAAGGAUGUUAACAUCAGCUCGAACAGUCUCCAUGGCGACAGUGGCUACAUGCCCAUGAUGCCAGGAGUGGCACCUCAGAAACCAGGGUCUAAGGAUGACCCCUACAUGCCCAUGAGCCCCAUGUGUGUCUCUGCUCCGAAGCAGAUCAUCAAUCCCCGUUCACACUCCUCCUCUGCAGGGCUGGCCCCAUGCAGAGACUCCCCAGGGAGCAUUUCUCUGGAUGACAGUGGCUACAUGCCCAUGUGGUGUGGAAACAAGAUGUCAGUAGAGAGCACGGAUGGAAAGUCCAACAAUGGCGAGUACUUGUACAUGUCUCCUGUUGACAAUCUGGUCUCUCUUACACCCCCUGACUACAUUCUCAGUCCUUCAGGGGAUGCACACCUGCUGCACAGACAGCCUUAUUCCUUCAGCUCACUACCAAGAUCACUUAAAGUCCAGUUACAGCGCAAUGGGUCCACUGACACAGACCAGUAUGUGGUAAUGAGUCUACAAAGACAACGGAUAGAAGAGGAGUCCAACUACUGUCCUGUCUCCCUUGGAGAAUAUGUGUCCAGCAGCUCUCCGGUAACACCAGAUACUCUGUCCUCCAUUCCCUCUCCUCUCAGGCUGACUCGGAUAGAUGGGGGCAUGCUACAUCGCAACAGGGUGUGUCGGCCCACCCGCCUGGCUCUCGAAUCCCUCAGGACCCUGCCAUGUAUGAAUGAACAUCCCCUUCCGUCAGAGCCACGCAGCCCUGGAGAAUACAUCAACAUAGAUUUUAGUAAUGCUGCCCACAUCCCACUGACAUCCACAACACCGGAGAGCUCCAGCACAGGGAAGGUGGAAGGGGCAACCCUGUCAGACUAUGCUAACAUUGACAUCAGCUCCCCUGUUCACCUUGACGCACACCAAGUGAGGGAUUCUCCCCCGGCAAGUUGUCUAAACCACACACCAGAAGUUUUGAUUUGCCCCAGUCCUGUGAGCUCCGAGCAGGAUCCACAGACAGUUGAGGAGGAAAAAAGGACAGAGGAACAGAGAAAGGACAGAGUGGAGGAAUUACCUUUGCAACAGCAAAGAAGCGCAGUGUGUGAGCCUGCUCCAGUAAAAGACGACUACGCUGAGAUGACCUUUGGCCCUCCUGCACCUUUACCUGUCCUCUGCACCCCUGACGCUGGGCCCCUCCCCAACAGUCCUGCUGCUUGUGUCAAGAGACUCAGCCUUGAGAGCAGCUUAGUGGAAGUAGUUUCUCCUGUGCCAGUAGACUCUUUUCUCCUAGGGGGUCCUUCGCUAUCUGUCAUAGAUCCAAACAGGGGGGCUAAAGUUAUCCGGGCUGACCCUCAGGGGCGCAGGCGUCACAGUUCUGAAACUUUCUCCUCCACCACUACUGUCACACCCGUGUGUCCUUCUUUUGCCCACGACAGCAAACGACACAGCUCGGCCUCUGUGGAAAACGUGUGCCGUUCUGUUCGCAGCUCAGAGGAGCCCAGCGAGGACCACACCGGUCCCAUGUGCAGAGAGACUUCAGCUGGUUAUCAAAAUGGACUUAACUACAUUGCCUUAAACUUGAUGGAGGGAAACCUGGGGGGCUGCAGGUUGGGAGGUUGUGAGGAUCUCCUGAGGUUCAAGACUGCCUGUGGCUGUAAGGGUGGCCUGAAUGGUUUCAACACGAGCCCCUAUGCCAGCCUGGGAUUCAAGGAGACCACUACUGCUGCUGUGAAAGAAUGAAGACUGAUGGGUCUCCCCCCUCGCUUCAUUUUCCUGUGAAAAUAGAAUCUCACUGCACCCAGAUGACGAGGUCACCACUGCGACAGCUGGACCGCGUGCCGAAGCCGUAGUCCCUUCCCCUCUCUACUGCCUCUAGGGUUCACUGGGGGCGCCCAUCACCAUGGAAACACAGACACUUGACCCUUGCCCCACAUCCUCCCUAAUAUUUUCCCAGCACCUAAACAUUUCAGGUGCUGAUGCUGCUGUAGUGAUAGAAAAAAACAACAACCCUGAAACACAUUCUUACUCUCUUUCUGUUUGUACGCCUUAGAAAACUCUUGCAUUAUGACAUUUUACUCCCCGUUUUGAUUGUCUGGAACUCUUUUCCACACCACCUUAUCACGGGUUUUUCCUCUGGCUACAGCCAGCGGACGUUGCCAGAUGUUCUCACCUGUAAACCUGUGAACCAAACCUGGAGAUCCUGAGUACUGAAUACAUGUAUUUAUUUAUUUAUCAUGUACGUAUGCAUUCAGAAAAAAAAUAAGAUGUGUGAGGAUUUGUAUACAAGAUUGUACUGCAAAAAGAGACGGCAUCUAUGGACAUAUUUAAAAAUCAAAGCUGACGUUUGCUUGGGAAAAAAAAUCCUACCUCAGCACAGAGUCACACGGUAGAAUAUAUAUAUAAAAUAUUUAUUUUCAGAGGUGAAUGUUGAAAGAUAAUAAAGAAAAUAACACCAUCAAUCCAAAGCCUUACACAAACCAUCAGCUUCCACCUGGUGGACCUUCUUAGUUUGGACCUUUAAACACAUCAAAGAUCUAUCCGAUCAUCUUAAAGACUGAAUGUUCCUGACUGAGAGAGCGAGAGAGCCUCUCAGAGAUUAACCACCUUCUCUUGCCACAUUAAUGACAAGUAAUAGAUUAAUAUAUUUAUUAUUAUACAUGAUAACUCACAGUAAAACGACACCAAGAGGACCUUAGUUCCAACAAACCCAAACAAAUCCGUGUCCUGUCAGCGUUCACCUGUGAUGUCCCGCAGGAAAUGGCUACCUGUUGGCGACCUGUCGGGACACAGAACACGAGUAAUUAUGAAUGAAUGUUGUUUUCUAGUGGAACUGGACAAGCCUAGUGCCUCCGACUGGACAGGACUCCGACUGAGCGGCCGUUGAAUCUGCAGCCUCCACUGCACGGUCUUGCAUUUACAAACUAGAUUGUAACACAAGACGCGCUGAAUGUAGUCACGAGUUUUCCUGAACUCGGGAACGUGCGUUUUAAUAGAAACGGUACAACUGCAAAACAACAACGGAACAUCAUACUGAAUGGGAACCACACACAAACACACACACACACACAUGCUAAAACAACAGAAACAAACAAGGGAAGUAUCUUAUUUAUCCAAACUCACCGGUACUUAACCUUUGCCUAUAUGCUGUAAAUAGUUCUAGAGAAUUCCAUCGGAGCAAAAAUGCUAAGAGGUGUUAAGUUAAAGAACAUGUUUGUACUGUACAUAAAUAAGUGUUUGAAUGAACUUUCUAAAACAACAAAAGCACUAAUUAAGUUAUAUGCUAACCGAUACGGUUGAUUUUUAUUCACUUUUGUCUUGCUAAAUGGAUGCCACUAUGAGGAUGUUUUUUACCGCUGUAAUUCAGAAAAAAAAUAAUUUGAAAAAAAAAAAACACGACAAAAAUACUUCUUGAUACUUAGGUACAACACAAAAAGGCAUCUAUGCAAUAUUUACACAUUUGAAAAUUAGUUUACACGGUGGUACCAAAUGUAGAAAUAAUGUUAAUAACAUUUGUUAAACAAGAAAAAACUCUAAUGUGUCCUCUUUGUACAUUUUUUUCUCCACUUUUUAAAAUGUAAAUCUUUUUUGUUUUUGUUGUUUUGUUUUUAUUUUUUUUUUGCUAACGGAACCUCUUGGUGUUUUCGAGCAGUAUGUUUUUUGCAUUUUGGAUCAAGUUUCUGAGUUUUUAUUUGGCAUCUAAAGGUUACGAUUUGGGCUAUGGCUUACCUUGCUGUGUCUUUUCAUUGUACAUAUUUCAUAUCAUGCACAUUGUGAUGCUACUAAGAAAUGAUAAUUUAAAACUUAGCUCAUUGCUUUAGAUUGUAUUGAUUCUUUAUAGAAACAUGCAAUAAAUGAUAUUUAAGAAAA